CCUGCCUCUGCAUCCUCCUUGCAUACUCUCGGGAGUCUGCUGCGGCUGGUAGUCUUCUUGUACUUUAGUAAGCGGCUGUGAGCACACAGCAGAGAAGAAAACUUGGGUAAACUCUACAACUUGAGAUGUGAAGACGCACAAAAAGGAGCGAAUAGUUCAGGAUGCAAAGGAUAUUGUUCUGCAGUCUGGGCCUGCUUGUUUGCUUUCACAGCUAUAAAGCAGCCUUUCUCCUGGAAACCAUCACCCAGGCUUGUGAUGUAUCCUACUAUGCCUAUGUUCCUGACAGCCUGCAGUGGAACAGGGCUGGAGAAAUGUGUAAGCAGCGCUCUGGGGCGUUAGCUAUUGUCUCCAACGCAGAAGAAAACCGGGAGCUUACCAAAUUUUUAAAAUCCUUGAACAUCUCUCAGUCUGUGUGGAUUGCCAAGAAAGUCAUAACACGCAUCACAACGUCCUCCAAGACCCUCAUUCUAAAUUUCACUGGGCGCUCGAACAGGACGCAUGCCCGUCUUCGCUACAGCUUCCCCUCCAUGGGAUCAUUGACUGUUUGCACCCUUCUGCGCUUCAAUCCACACUGCUCUGGCCGUUCCACAGUCUUUUCAUAUUCCAUUCCGUCAUAUAUUAAUGAGUUCCAGCUCCGUGCAAACCUGAACCAGGGCAAGCCUGUGCAGCUGGCUCUGCUCGUCCAUGGCAUUCACGGGCCUUACCAUGACGCCUUCAACUAUGAUGACUCCUGGCACUCUGUCUGCGUUUCUUGGAGCCAGAAUGGUGGACGCUGGGCAAUAUAUGCUCAUGGUCACGCUGUGUCUGCGGCUGAAGGCCUAAACAGUACAGACAGCAUUGGACCUGGUGGCUUUUUCAUUAUCGGGCAGGAGCAGGACACCUUUGGGGGGUCAUUUAAGAGUGACGAAUCAUUCUCGGGGAGCAUAACAGAACUCCACAUUUGGAAUCGGGUACUGAACAGCAGCGAAAUUUCCAGCAUGGAAAAGAAGUGCUCACUCGUUUCCUCUGGGCUGGUGUUCAAGUGGAGCGAAGCAGCAAUGGAAAUAGAGACCUCCCUUACAAAGCAGUGGAGUGACAGCCCAUGUCAAGAGAGCCAGAGAACCGAUGAAGAGUGCGGCAUUUUUGACCCCGUCACGGAGCAUUCCCGCCUAGCCAAAUGCAACUCCUCCAGAGGAGCUGUCUGUCAGUGUAGGCGAGAGAAGCUGGGUGUUUUCAGUUUACCAAAGACACCAUUCUUCAGGAGGCUGAACAAGGAUCUCAUCAAUAAACCUGUAACAGGAGGGGUGGGUGCUAACAGCUCCUGGGACAAAUUGACCUUGCUGCAGCAGCUGACCCAAGCUGUCCUACAUAAAAUAGAGGCAAGUGGCCCGCUCCUCCUGACCGCCAACGAUGUUUUCUACCUCUCUCAGAUGAUGGACGUAACUCCACCAGCUAGAUUUCACUCCGCCGGAGAUAAUGCCACAGAGGUCAUGGUGUCCAUUGCCACCAACUAUCUAAAUAUUGCGAGUCUGAUCCUGGAGCCACGCAUGGCUUCACAGUGGAUGGGUCUGACGGAUGAUGGGGUCAACAUUGGCCCAUUUACGCUUGUCAAGACCAUUGAUAAGUUCACUGAAGCUUUUGCAGAGAUGCUUUGUACUAAGGGAAGAAGCUUGAGUCUUUCUACCAAGAAUAUAGAUGUGUACAUGAAGUGGCAGAAGCUGUCCCAGGAGAGCUGUAAUCAAGUCUACAAGCCAUCUGCGUUUGGCUCUCACAAGCCCAGCAGCAGUAGCCACGAUGAGUUGCUCAUUCCUGAGACCGAGCUCCAGAGGAUACACACACUAGGAUAUGAGGAGGUGAUAUUUAUUCAUACCCAUUACAACCAGUUCAGUGACAUUGUAUCAGGAACAAAGGAGUCUGCACUGAGUGACCAAGAGAAAGUGAAAAGAACUCUCCCAGGAGAUCUAGCAUCGGCUAUCAUAUCAGCCACGGUCCGCCAUGCCUCGAACCCCGAAACUAUACCUGUUGCUGUCAAGUACACCCUUUCAUCAUCACAGGUGGAGUAUUCAAAGAGAGUUAUUCCUGUUUGUGCCUUCUGGAAUUUCAGUCUGACGCACACGAAUACCAGUAGCUGGUCCAGUGAAGGCUGCACAGUGAUCCUUGAUGGCUCUAGUGUCACGUCCUGUUUGUGUAACCAUACAACAAACUUUGCAGUGCUGAUGAAUUACCUCGAAUCACAGUGGAGUCCAGAGGAAGAGCUUAUUUUGACCAAGCUGACAUUCAUUGGCUGUGGCGCAUCUCUGUGUGCUCUGGUGGUGACCUUGAUGCUGUUCACUGUGCUGGAUAUCCCCAAAUCCGACAGGACGUCCAUUCACAAGAACCUGUUCGUUGCCCUUAUCUGUGCCCAGGUGAUUCUGCUGUGCAGCGGCUCAGCCAUUCACAACAAGGUGGCUUGUACGCUCGUGGCGGCGCUGCUCCAUCUCUUCUUCAUGGCGGCAUUUAGCUGGAUGCUGGUGGAGGGUCUGCUGCUCUGGAGCAAGGUGGUUGCAGUCAACCUAAGCGAGGAGCAACAUAUGAAAUAUUACUAUCUCAUCGGCUGGGGUCUGCCUGUGCUGAUAGUCACCAUCACACUAGCGUCAGCCCCGAGCAAGUACUCGGCUGAUGACUACUGCUGGCUCAGUCUGCAGAAUGGCAUUAUCUGGGGUUUUGCUGGGCCUGUCAUCUUCAUCAUCAUGGUGAACAUAUUGGUAUUAACCAGGGUUGUGGUCAUCACAAUCUCCACAGCCAAGAGAAGGUCCAUCAUGUUGGCCAUGGGAGCCAGUCCGGUGGAGCGAACGUAUGAACAGAUCAGGGCUGCAGUGAAAGCAGUGUUGGUGUUGCUGCCCAUCCUUGGACUGACGUGGCUGUGCGGUGUUUUGGUUCCUCUAUCCAUUGUAAUGGCCUACGUCUUCAUCCUCCUAAACUCCCUACAGGGCCUGUUCAUCUUUCUGAUAUAUGGGGUGUACAACACAGAGGUUCGAAGCACGGUCAACAGAAUCAAGGAGAGGAGAAAAGCGCUUAAUUUUUCAAACUGUGCCAGUUCCCGACCAUCCAGUUCAGUUACCAACUCUCGUCCUGUCAGUUUCCCACUUGGAACAACUCCAAGCCAGGAAGAGGAAGGCUAUGCUUGCAGCACCACGCUAGGCCCGGCAAUGCAGGAAGAGAACAGCCAAGUUGAGGUGUCCAUUCCUUGUGUACCAGAGAUAGUAGAAAAUGGCCAAAUGUCCGAAGGCACUCAUCUGGAUACAGAGGAGCUGCCUGCUUCAGAAGUGAAUGCCUUGCCACCUGGCUGCAGUCUUCAUGUUCCCAUGGACCUCGAGUUUUCAGCUUCCUGUUUCCCUCGCAGCCCUACACCUCAGAAAAGCUACGAUCUUGUCCACAUAGACUGAUCUGUCAUGAUGUUUUUGGUGUUUCUGUACUUCUUAUUUGACAUUUAUCUGCCCCCCCAAAUUGUCCUUGAUUUGUACUUCCUUUACGAUGCCUUGGAUAAUAACAUAUCGCCUCAUGUAUAUAUGUACGGUUAUUAUCUAAACUGAACAAUUAAUGAUGUGUACAUAAUGAUUUUAAAUAUGUUUGUCUUUUUUCUCCAGGAAAACAAUGUAAUUAUUUCUCAUUGCUACAGGUACUCACAUUGCAAUCAUACACAUAAUUUCCCUGAAAUAACAAAUGAAGUGGAAGUGGGCAGCAUUAGUGUGCAGAGGGAGUGAGAACCUGGUGUUAUAAGCAUAAGAAUUAUUUAUUGAGAUAUGAGAAAAAACUCAGUUAGCCCCAUUGAGAGAAACUCCAGGACCUGGAAGUGAUGGAAGCGUUCAAAAUGUCAGCAAAAGGGUGAAAAAAGCCAAAGCAGAAAGGAAAUAGCAUUUAGAUUUUUUUGUCUCCAUCUGUUGACAGUGCACAUGAGCAUAUAACGCACAAAAGUAGUUGUUGUUUGAAUCUUGUGUACAAGUCUGUUUCACAAUCACUACGUGUUCUACAAAAAUGUGUUGUGAAGCAAACAGGUGGGAUUUACACCAUUUAUGAUAACUUCUCACUGGCAAGCUACCAGAAACACUUCCUCAGACCAUUUAUUUGAAUAUCUUCAAACAUAAUUGUCUUAGGUGUUGGAGCAGGACUGCAGUGAUGAUACAACAAACAUGCAGUAAAAAGCAGGACUUAUGCAUUGCCACAUUAGUGGCUUGUGUUGCCUACAUGAGUUGUGGAUUUCACUGUAUGUUACAAUUAGGUCCGUAGGUUUAUUGUGGAUUUUAAAUCGCAGGAUAAAGAUGUGACUGAAGUGCAUGCUUUCAGGUUUAAUUCAAGGUCUUUAACAAAAUAUUUGCAUUUACUGUUUAAGAAUUACAACUAUUUUUAAUAGUCUCCUAUUUACAGAGGCUCAAGCUUUAAUGACUGACACACAGCUACACAGAGAGGUGACGCCUGUUCCUUUGUUAUUUUAUGGCAAAUGAACCAGACAUAAUAUCUAAAGUUUAAGUGUGUUGAAUUUGUGUUUUAUAGCUUUUCAUUAGAAUUUGUUUCAGUGCAGUGAGAGAUAGCAACAACUUUAGCAGUGUUCAAAUCAACAGUCUGGUUCAUUCUUAAAAAGAGUGAAUGCACUGACCCACUCAGUGACAGCAAAAGGCCUGAAAGACCAAAGAAGCCAACUAACUUGGUUAAUGACAGAAUUUUUUUCCACAUUAAAUAAUAAAAAUAACUUUUCAUCUAAAAAAGUCAUGAAUACUUGUAUUAUCAAGAGACCCCAGAACGAAUGGAAACACGGAGGGUUUACAACAAGGUGCAAACCACUGGUUACAGUCAGGAAUGAGAAGGCCGGAUGAGACUCUUUCAGAAAACAUCUUAAAGACCUGCACACUGUAAAAAAUAUUUAAAGAGAUGAAACCAAGUUUUGCUUGUACCAGAAUGAUGGGAAGAGAUAAGUAUGGAGAAGGCGAGAAACAGCUCGUGCUGUCUGUUGUUAUGGCAUGGGUAUGUAUGGGUGGCAGUGAAACUGGGUCCAUAGAGUUUAUUGAUGAUGUGACUGCUGAGCAGGAUGUAGCAGAAGUAGCAGGAUGAAUUUGGGCUUUAGUCUUUGUUUCGAUUCAGAAUAAUGCCACAAAACUGAAGGUCGAUGGAGUAAAAGGCCUUCAGAGCAUCUCGUAGGUGGAAGGAAGUCCAUUGGUUCAAGACUUCAGGCAGUCGUUCACUGCAAAAGAUUUUCAUCCACAUAUUAAAAACAAUCCUUGCAUUUGAACUGUUAGCUUGUUCAAAUAAUUUUGAGCCUCUGAAAAUGGGGUUCUUUGUAUAAAAAUGGCCAUAAGUCAUAAUCAGUUAAUGCAAAACUUUUGUUAAACUCCUUGAAUUAAAGAUGAAAGUCUGCACUUUAAUCAGUCCUCGAUUGUUUGAUUUAAAAUCUAUACUGUUGUGUACAGAAAUUACAAAAAUUGCACCUCUGUCCAACAAAUUAUGGACCUACGUGAAGUCCAAGGCAGCUGCAGAACCUAAACACUGACUUUGAGAACGUGAAUGAGAGGUAAGAUUGUGUGACCAGAACACAAAAGUAAUGGUCGGAUUCAGAAAUAACUUAAUGACUUUUCUGUACAUUAAACAUGCCGCUGAAAGACUCUAGCUCAUUCGAUGACUUAUUAACAAAAUGCUUUAAAGAUAAAAAACACACACACCACAGGUUGAUGUGGGAGGGACAUUGUGAUAAACAACUACUAUACAUAUGGGGAAACUUGGCAAGAGAAUAAUUUAGGCUGCUGUGUUUUUUUUUUUUUUUGUUGUUUUUUUAAAGCUGCUUUUCUUAACUUGGGACACAAUAAUAGAAGUCACAGCUCACAGGGGAAAGAUGCAGUCUUUGGUAUAAGAGCAAACUGGACAGAACAAUGAUGCAGGAUGUGAAUAAGUAAAACUAACGUGGCACAGACGUCUUUCACACCUACUCACUUAAACACAAUACUUGUUUCAAUGUACAGA